UACAGCUUCCUCCCCAGAACCCUAGGCCCCGGCCGGCACCGCCUUCCAUGGCGGCGCCCCGGGAGCUGGACCUCUCCGACGAGGUCGAGGGCGAGAUGGACGGCACCACCGACUUCGUCUUCCGCCUCGUCGGCGACCCCAUCCCCGUCCUGCCCCCCGCCUCUGCCCCGUUCCCCCUCUUCGACCUCCAGUCCCCUCCCGCGCGCCCGCUCGCCGUCUCCGACCGCCACGCCGCCGUCUUCCUCGCUCACCCUAACGGGUUUAUCGCAGCGAGGACGAAGGCGUUGAUCGAGGCCAGCAAGGAGGCCAGGGAGAAGGGCAAGGCGAGCACCCGCUGCGCCCAGGACUGCUGCGUCACCGACGUGUCCCUCCCCGGCGUCACUCUCCUAGCGCUCUCCCGGGACGAGUCCGUGCUUGCCGCCUGCACGGGCAGCGAGAUCCAAUUCUUCUCGGCUACUUCCUUGCUCACUGAUAAGGCUAUCGAGUCGUCGUCAUCAUGUAGCCUGGGACGCUCUGGCACUGUCAAAGAUUUCAAAUGGCUAGAUCAUGGCUAUAUUGUACUCUCGAAUGGUGGAUUGCUAUCUCAUGGGAGUUUGGGGCAAGGCCUGAAGGAUGUAAUGGAAAAUGUUGAUGCUGUCGACUGUUGCAAGGACGGGAACCAUAUUGCUGUUGCAAGAAAGAAUUCACUCAGGAUAUUAUCGUCAGAUUUGAAGGAAACAUGUUGCAUGGCCCUCUUGUUUCAGUUGUGGCCUGGUAGUGAUUCAGAGGGCACUGACAUCAAAGUGGAUUCUAUCGGGUGGGUUCGCGAUGAUAGCAUUGUUGUCGGUUGUGUUCGAUUGAAUGAAGAAAGCGAUGAAGAGGGUUAUCUGGUCCAAGUUAUAAGAAGCGGGGGAGACACAUUUUUUGAGAGCUCAAGCAAGCCAGUUGUUUAUAGCUAUGAUGUUUUCGGAGGUAUCAUGGAUGAUAUUUUACCAUCUGGAGUUGGACCAAAUCUGCUAUUGGGCUAUCUACAUUGCUGGGAUCUCCUGGUUGUUUCAAAUAAAAAGAGCACUGAUGACCACAUUUCUCUUUUGAAAUGGCCGUCUAGAACUGACGAGGAAAGAACUGUGGUAUACCUUGAAAUGGUGGAGGAUAAAUAUAUUCCUAGGAUUGAUCUGCAAGAAAAUGGCGAUGACAAUGUUAUAUUGGGGUUUGGUGUGGAGAAUGUUUCAUUAUUUCAGAAGAUCAUAGUACUGGUUGGACCUGAACAGAAGGAGGUUGCCCCUCAACAUCUUCUACUCUGUUUGACUAGUGAAGGGAAACUAGUUAUUUAUUAUCUUGCCAGGAUUUCUGACCCUUCUGAUUUACCUCAAACAAGUCUGUCUACCAUUGAGGAUAGUAAUGUGAAUAAACAAAUUUCUCCUGCAACUGCGUCUAAUAAGGAUCUGACACCGAAUGUUACAAGCUCAAUGGCCAAGAGUCUGCUAGCUCCUGGGGCAUCUAGCGCACCAGCAGAGAAAGAUCAGCAUGGAUCAGGAGAUGCAAAGAGCAGUUUCCCAGUUUCAAAUAGCAAGGACAUAGCUGCUGGCAGUUCAUUGCUUAUCUCUUCUGAUAAGAAGCCAUUGGAUACCAAGCAAGUGAAUAUGGCUUCCCCAUUUGCACCUCCCUCUAGCUCAGUACCAACAGGCAACAUGAAACCUGGAAUGCCUUUCAGCUUUUCAACUGGUAAUAAUGUUGGUCUAAAUUCAACAGGAAGCAAGGGAUCUAGUGAGCCAGUUUCUUCAUGGCAACCGAACAACAGCGGUAGUUUUGUCAGCAGCCAACUUGGUAAAGGUGGCUUCGAUUCAGCCAAACCACUGGGAACAUUUGGGGGGUCUCAGAACGCUGCAAAAAGUGGUGGUAGCCUUAGUUUUAAAUCAUCAUUGUUCAGCUCAGAUGGAGCUGUUCCAGUUAAGACUGCAGAAAGGGAUGGGGCUAGUAGUUUCGGAAGCUACUCAGCACAAACCAGCUACACUACUGAGAGGAAAGUUCUUGGUUCCUCAGCGAGCUUAAGUUCUGCGCCAUCAUUGUCAAUUUCUCCAAAUAAACCAGUUGGAGUUUCAGCUGCUGGGUUUGGGGCAGGAAAUCUCGAAGUACCUCCUACCUCCCGUGGAUCACCUCUGCCACAACAAACAAUUGCCAAAUCACACAACAACAGGAACCAUACAUCAGUGAAUUCCAAAAAUUUCAAAUUGGGCACAAUGUUUGAUGCCCAACAAGAUCUAUCUAAAAAGAUCUACAGUAUAAAUGAUAUGACCGAGGAGUUAGAUACCCUCCUGGCAUACAUAGAAAAAGAUGGUGGUUUCAGAGAUGCUUGCAUGACCUUGCAGCAGCGCCCUCUUUCAGUUCUUGAGGGCGAUCUGCAAAACCUCUUGGAACUAUUGCAGGUCUUCAAGAACAAAGUAGAGGAACAAUGUUCAAAAGCCGAAGAUCUUCGAAAUAAGAUGUUCCAAGUUUCUGCUAGGCAAGCUUAUAUGAAGGGAAUUCUCAGUCAGUCUUCAGAUACUCAGUACUGGGACAUAUGGAACCGCCAGAAUUUGAGUCCAGAAUUUGAGGCGAAGAGGCAAAAUAUUCUCAAAGCUAAUCAGAAUUUGACAAAUCAGCUGGUAGAGCUGGAGAGGCACUUCAAUAAUCUGGAGAUGAACAAAUUUGGUGAAACUGGAAGAGUUGCUUCAAGUCGUAGAGCUGUUUAUUCUAACAAGUCGCGGUCUAGUCAGACACAAUUAUCCAGCGUGUACAAUGCACUGAAUUCACAAUUAGCGGCAGCAGAGCAACUAUCUGAAUGCCUUUCAAAGCAGAUAUCUGCAUUAAAUAUAAGUUCUCCUUCUAAGAAGCGAGGGGCAGUGACCAAAGAGUUGUUUGAAUCAAUUGGUCUAGCCCAUACGACAGAUGCAACCAAAUUUUCAGGCAGUACCCCUUCCAAGUUAAUUCAGAGGUUUCCAUCCACGAAAGAACACACUAAGGGCAUGCUGGGACCUUCCAAGAGUACUGAACCUGAGACUGCACGAAGGAGGAGAGAGUCACUGGAUAUGAGUUUGGCUAGUUUGGAGCCUCAGAAAACUACUGUAAAGAGAAUAGCGCAGCAACAGCGCCUCAAGAUUAGUGGUGAUCUCCCAUUCAGAUCAAACAAGAAAAUGUUCGAUUCUCAAAUGGCAGCUAUCUCCCAGGAAACUUUUGGUGGUAGCCCCAGUUCAUCAAUAGUCGAAUCAUAUACUAGCAGGGUUCGUUCUCCAACUGAAGUGCUGGAUGAGAAAACAAAACCUUCAGGACCCCAGGGCAACUCUUUGUUCAAAUGGGUAAAGGAACCAGCUGGGCCAUCUCAGGGUUCGGACCAAAAGCAUUUUGAGUUAUCAGGGCGAAUGAGAAGUGCUGACCAGUCUUCAAAGUUGGCGCCAUCUUUACCGGCAUCAUUCAGUUACACACAGAAGGAUGCGAGUGAUAGGAUCAGCUCACCCAAUGUUGCAUCUUUAGGCACAAUGCAUACCAUGCCCAAGUCAAAUACUCUGACCUUCAAAACCACUAUAGCUCCUAAAACUAAUGCCAAUACACGUCCAGAUAUGUCACCAUCAGUGUCGAGCCCAAUGCCCUUCAAAACUUUGUCUGGGGAUUCUGGAGCUGGAUCUACCUUGACUACAAAGAACAGAUACGGUGACCAGGAUGUACCAUCUUUUGGAAGCAUGAAAGGGUUUGGCAUUUCUCCACAGAAUACGGGUGUUAAUAAACCAUCUUUGUCUUCUGAACCUUCUGAACCUUCUAAGCCUGUUGUGUUGCAUGGGAAGACUUUUCAACUUAGUGGAGUCAGUGAUACUAUGCAGAACUCAGCCAAAGCUUCAGCCCAGGUGGCAUUUUCACCAACAUCACAGUCAUCUUUAUUUCCUAUGAUGUCAGGUGCUUCCUCUUCAUCUACUUCACUCUUAUCAACUAUGCAAGCAUCAGCUGCAAAGACUUCCGAUCUUUCAUCUCCAACGGUUUCUUCCACACUCCCACCACAGAAAUCAACACCAAAAACUCCCCCAACAGUACCCGAGGCUGAGGGUACAGUGUCUUCUUCCCUGCCAUCUAUACCAACACCUGUUAAGGAGUCAUUACCUGACUUGAAUAAAAAUGUAUCUAAACCUGAAGUGGUGACACCAGAGGUAACUGGAGCCACAGUCUCUGUAAGUGCUACUUUAACAGGCGUACCUACAAGUGAAAGCAAAACUGCAUUGCUUCCAGUGGCCAAUAGCAGCUUACCUUCUAAUCCUCCAUCCAUUCCUGUGCCUAAAACUGUGCCAGGGGCAACGGAAUCUGCUGUUGUCACUUCCACAAGAAAAGAUGCAGGACCAAGCAAUCUCUCAUCAGAUGAAGAUGAAAUGGAAGAGGAGCGUCCUUCUGCAAGUGCAGAUCUAAACUUGGGAGCCCUUAGUGGGUUUGGUCUUGGGUCCGCACCUUCUUCAAGUCCUAAAAAAUCCAAUCCUUUUGGGAGCUCAUUUGGUACAUCUGAGAGUAAAAGUUCAGGUUCACCGUUUACUUUAACCACCAGCCCAGGACAGCUUUUCCGUCCAGCAUCACUGACCAUUCCUUCAUCUCAGCCAGCACAGCCAUCUCAAUCAACAAGCUCAAGUACAUUUUCUAGUGCAUUCUCAAGUGGUCUUGGUGGAUUUGGACAGUCUGCACAGGUUGGAGCAGGGCAGCAGUCGGGAUUUGGGCAGUCUGCACAAAUUGGAGCUGGUCAGCAGGCAGGUUUUGGGCAGCCAGCACAAAUUCAGUCAGGAUUUGGUCAGCCGGCACAAAUUGGAUCUGCGCAGCAGUCAGGAUUUGGGCAGCCUGCACAAAUUGGAGGCGGGCAGCAGUCAGGAUUUGGGCAGCCUUCACAGCUUGGUGCUCAGCAGGCGCUUGGAUCUGUCCUGGGUUCUUUUGGACAAUCACGCCAGUUAGGAGGCUUUGGUGGAUUUGCUAGUUCCUCUUCUGGGGCUUUUGCUUCUGCACCUUCCAGUAAUUCUGGAUUUGCUGGUGCUGCAGCAGGUGGGGGUUUCUCUGCAGCUGCUACUUCUGCUGGUGGAGGGUUUGCUGCUGCUGCUACCGGUGGAGGGUUUGCUUCUCUUGCGUCCAAAAGCGGUGGUGGUUUCGCUGCUGCAGCUUCAUCUGCUGGUGGUUUUGGAGGUGCAGCCCAAGGUGGUGGUUUUGGAGGUGCAGCCCAGGGUGGUGGUUUUGGAGGUGCAGCCCAGGGUGGUGGUUUUGGAGGUGCAGCCCAGGGUGGUGGUUUUGGAGGUGCAGCUCAGGGAGGUGGCUUCGGAGGUGGUGGUUUUGGAGCUUUUGGCAGUAAUAACCAAGGGGCUACUGGUUUCUCAUCAUUCGGUGGGGGUGGCGCUGCAGGGCCUGGAAGACCCCCGGCGGAUUUUUUGACACAAAUGAGAAAAUAGUGCAGUUUGUCUCCAGGCAUCCUCAAGUUCCAAACAGAAAUGUUCAAAUGGUUUUUGCCCCUGUAUACAUCAAAAACUUCAAGUGACAUGCUGAAUGACAACAUUUAUGUGAAAGCUGAUGUUGCUAAGAUGGAGCUCCAAAAUUUGCCUGUCCUGUAUUCAGUUACGGUGAGUUCAAGUCUGAUUAUCCCCUGAGGCGUUUCAUCAAGUACAGCACUACAGCCUCAUUCAUCAUUCAAGAAAACAAGAGUAUCCGUGGCAACAGCAUAAUUAUUGUGGUAACAUGAUGCAGUCAUCUACGCUGAUGCCGGACCUAGCCACUGCCAGGUAGUCAGGGAUGUUAGGGUUUCUCAUCAAAAGCAUGUUGAGAGUGCAAAAGAAAAGCACUGGAUAAUAGUAUUUCCUAGAAAAAACGACUUAAUGUAUUCCGCCCUUGUUUUUUGUACAACAUCAAAAGAGGAAACGGCUGUCCGGUGCUUUUUUUUUUUCUCCCCUUGUCUCGGUGCACUGCUGACAUUGGUUGCAAAUUCACUAUUCAACACCAUAAUAUUCCUUGUCACUUUGUA